AUGUGCUCCAAUGUCGACUAUGUUUCGUCCCCUGAGGGCAACGUGAAGUCAGGGAUCUUGUAUCCCCAAGGGUAUGGGUUAUCCUUGUCUAUGUACUCUGGAUAUGGUUUUGAGAGACUAGGCCGCCGAUUAGCCUCAUCCCUAGUCUAUAUAUAUCUUGGAUGGCAUCCCUCAGGGCCUCCAUGUUCACCAGUUGGUUCUAAGGCUCGGUCUGAUGCUUUGGGAUCACCGCCGUGCCUCCCGGGCCACUUAUGCUGGGUUCCUGUAAAUAAUACAAAGGAUUACUUACAAGAUGAGUGUGAGAAAAUAUUUGGGGUUAGGGAUGUCUCUUACAAAUGUUCGUUGGAUAUGAUCAACGAGUUGGAUUGUUCAGUUCCUGACUUUAAGCCAAGGCUCAUACUUCUACUACCUGUAGUCACUGACACUAUGUGCUCACAAUGUUCAGCUGCUUUAGCAUCAAGCGAUAAGUGUUCUAACCCUUCAUGCACAGAGGUCCCUUUUGGAAGUGGUGCCAGUGGUAGUAUAGGAGAAGGUGGUAGUGUAGGAGGUGUUAGUGGUGGUGUAGGAGGAGGUGUUGGGGUAGGUGGAAGUACAAGUGUAGAAGGUGGUGUUGAUGCAAGUGGAGGUGGUGGUGGGCAUAUAGGAGGUGGAGCUGGUGGUAGUGUAGGAGGAGGUAGUGGUGGGUGUGUAGGAGGUGGAGCUGGUUGUAGUAUAGGAGGAGGUGUUGGUGGUGGUGCAGGAGGAGGUGCUAGUCUAGGAGCAAGUGUUAGUGGUGGUGCAAGAGGUGGUGCUGGUGUAGGGAGUGGUGCAGGAGGAGUUGUUAGUGUAGGAGGUGGUGCUGGUGGUAGUAUUGGAGGAGGUGUUAGUGGAGGUGCAAGAAGAGGUGGUGGUGGGUGUGUAGGAGGUGAAGCUGGUGGUAGUAUAAGAGGAGGUGUUGGUGGUGGUGUAGGAGGAGGUGGUGCUAGUAGUAGUAUAAAAGGAGGUGCUGGUAGUAAUGUAGGAGGAGGUGUUGGUGUUGGUGGAGGUAUAAGAGAAGGUGCUAGUGGUAGUAGAGGAGGAAGUGUCAGGGCAGGAGGAAGUGGUGGUCUAGGAGGUGGUAUUGGUGUUGGUAGUGGUACAGGAGGAGGAGGAGAUGCUGGUUUAGGAGGUGGUACUGGUGGUAAUGCAAGUGUCGAGGUAGGGGGAAGUGGUAGUCUAGGAGAUGGUGCUGGUAUUGGUGGUAGUGGUGGUAGUAGUGUGGGAGGAGGUGGUGCUGGUGGUGUUGUAAGAGGAAGUGCUGGUUUAGGAGGUGGUACUGGUGGUGGUACAGGAGGAGGUGUUGGGGCAAGAGGAAGUGGUGGUCUAGGAGGUGGUGCUGGUAUUGUUAGUGGUGGUGGUGGUGUGGGAGGAGGUGGUGCUGGUGGUGGUGCAGGAGGAAGUGGUGGUCUAGGAGGUGGUGCUAGUGUUGGUGGUGGUGUAGGAGGAGGUGGUGCUGGUGGUGGUAUAGGAGGAGGUGCUAGUGUUAAUAUAGGAGGGGGAGCUAGUAUUGGUGGUGGUGUAAGAAGAGGUGCCAAUCUAAGAGGUGGUGGUCUAGGAGGUGGUGCUGGUGCUGGAGGUGCUAUUAGUGGUAAUGUAGGAGGAGGUGCCGGUGUUGGUGGUGUAGGAAGUGGUGGUGGUAGUAUUGGAGGUGGUGCUAGGGUAGGAACAAGUGGUGGUCUAGGAGGUGUUGCUGGUGGUGGUCCAGGAGUAGUUGUUGGUGUUGGUAGUAAUGUAGGAGGAGGUACAAGUGUUGGUGGUGGCACAAGAGGAGGGGGUGGUUUAGGAGGUGGUACCAAUGGUAGUGUCGGAGGUGGUGUUAGGUCAGGAGGUGGUGGUGGUGCAAGAGGAGUUGUUGGUGUAGGAGGUAGUGUUAGUGGUGAUGUAGGAGGAGGUACCGGUAUUGGUGGUGGUGCAGGAAGAGGUGGUGGUGUUAGUGGUAGUAUAGUAGGAAAUGCUGGGACAGGAGGUAGUCUUGGUGUUAGUGGAGGUGGUGGUGGACGUGUAGUAGGUGGUGCUAGUGGUAAUAGAGGAGGAAGUAUUAGGGCAAAAGGAGAAGGUGGUAUUGAUGGUAGUGUAGGAGGAAGUGUAGUUGCAGGAGGUGGUAUUGGUGCAAGUGGAGGUGGUGGUAGGGGUCUAAGAGGAGUUAUUAGUGCUAGUGUUGGAGGACGUAGAGGUGGGCAUGUAGAAGGUGGUGCUAGUGGUGGUAUAAGAGUUGUUGGUGCAAGAGGUAGUGUUGAAGCAAGAGUAGGAGUUAAUGUUGGAGGUGGUGUAGGUACAGGUGAUGCUUUUGGUGUAGGAAGAAGUGGAGCUAGGAGUGUUGCCAGUAGUGCUAGUGGUAGUAUUGGAAGUGUUGAUGGUACAAGAGGAGGUAUUAGAGCAAGAGGUGGUAUUGGGGUAGGCGAAGGUGCUAGUACUGGAGGCGAUGCAAGUAGUAAUAUUAGAGGAGAUGCUGGUGUUGGAAGUGAUGUUAGUAGUAAAGGCUUGGUGUAA